UCCACUAAACAAGCACAACAUACAUUGGGUGGUAGGGCACGUGGACUUAAAAGAGCGUCGCAUGACUGUAUAUGAUUCAGAUAAGGCUGGUAACCGAUACAAGGGACAAAUUUAUUUCCAGAAAUUAUGCAUAAUGUUACCAUAUUUACUGCGGUCUGCAUCCUUUUAUGAGCAGCGGCCGGAUCUUGUAGACUCCAUUGACGAGUUUACAUGUGAAUUGGCACAAAAUACCCCUCAGCAAAGUAACGGUGGUGACUGUGGCAUAUUUACACUCAAGACCAUCGAAUUCUUACAUGCUAGAUUACCAUUGACAUUCACACAAGAUAACAUGGAGUUCUUUAGGAAGAAGUAUGCAUAUGAGGUUUACAACAAAGAACUUAGCAUAUGAGCUGCGUGGUGAUACUUUUUUCUUUCCUUUUGUCAUGUUUAUAGAUGCAUAUUAUUUAUUAUAUUUGACUUUUAAUUGUAAAUAUAAUGGUGGCUUAUAAUGUUCAUUUAACAAAGAUAACAAUGUGGUAUUGAUGUAAGGAUAAGUAAUUGACCUUAUAGGAAA